UCGUUAUCCAAAACGGAAGGCAUCGGGACCUCGCCUCACCCAACACCAAGGAGCUACCUGAGCUUAAACCUCUCCAACUCCAAGAUAUCGCAACGUGCCGUCUCCAUGGAGGCGGCCACUCUGACGAUAGGCUCCCGGCGCCUGGCCUCCGCCGCCGCUCCGGCUUGGAAUGGCACCCGCCGUGGUACAGCGGCCGCAACCCCGCAGCGUCCCGGAGCAAAGCUUCCGCGGCGGCUCCGCGCGCUGCCGCCGGAGCUGAGCGAGAUCCUCGCGCCCAAGCUGGUGCCCGGCUCGCCCGCCGAUACCGGCGACGUCUCCUCGCUCAUCCCGAUCAGUGCCGUCAUGCUGCUCUUCUACUUCGUGUCCAACUGGGUGUUCCCGGCGGUGGUCAUGCGGGGGAUGCAGCCCACCGCCGAGGACGAAGCCGCCGCUGCAGAAGCAGAAUCCAUGGCGUCGUCGUCGCAGCUGCAGCGGGGGGAUGCCGUCGACGGUAAGAUCCGGCGCAAGGUCAAGAGGAAGAAGAGCAGAAAAGCCGCCACGGAAGCGUAACUCGCAUAUCAGAAAUUCAGAAUAGACUCCUCUUGUUGCUCUGACAGUAGUAAUAUCAAAAAGAUCAAGACAGCAGAGUAUUUUAUCCUCCAAGAGAAGAACAGAGUAAUAAUCACCAAAUUACUCUGUGAUCAGAAAACAUCCGUGCUUUCUUUUGUUUUGCAUCUCAUAUUAGUACUACUAGCACAAAUGCCCAUGCGUUGUUACAACAGGAGACAUUAUUACAUGCCUAAUGCCUUCACCUA